AUGGCACCCACGCUUGACGAGCGUGAUGACGACGUCGUCUACAUUGAUCACUACGGCAAUCCCUACAGCAACUCUUGGUGGUACACCAAGGAAGGCAUCAUUGUCAAAUGGGUCCUCUUCUUCGCAUUCAUCACCUUCGUCACGUUCUAUUUCUUUGUUGGCCGCGCGCUUGCCCGCAGGCGAGUCCGCAACAAUAAGAAGCCCUUCUUCGGCACCGCCUGGCUCCUGUCCCGCCGCGAGCGCGGCCUCGUCGACCCCCGCUAUGCUGGCGCCGCCUGGCCAGGCCAGAACGGCCCGUACUACCAGUAUCCGGCGCAACGUAACCACCAGCAAGCAGGUUACUACGGCCCACAGCAGCAAUAUCCGAUGGGCGACAUGUAUGCGCCCCCACCGCCAGUGUACGAUGGACAUCGGCCCCCAGUCUACGAUGCGAAUGGUGCUGCCGGUACACCAGGCGAUGUUGGUGCGGCCAAGAUCGACCCGAACCAGGGCCAGACCUCGGGCGUUGGUCCGGCCGCACCAGGAGCGAACGACUUCGCGCCCCCUUCUGGCCCGCCACCCGCGCGAUCAUAG